AUGACGAACGUGUUAAAAAAUGGUGGUGCAUCGGAAGCAAUUGCAGGGAUGUAUCUCAACGAAGAACUGGCCGAUGUUCAUUUCAUAUUCAACUACGACGAUGAUGUCCAAAAAGUUCCAGCAAACAAAGGUAUUUUGGCAGCUCUAAGCCCGGUGUUCUAUGCCAUGUUCUUCGGAGCGUUGAAAGAAAAAGGAGAUGUUGAAAUUGUUGAUGCAGACGCCGAGUCAUUCAAGGAGUUUCUGCAGUUCUUUUAUCGGAGUGAGGUGACACUAACGAUGGAAAAUAUGGAGAACGUUGUUCGUUUGGCUGACAUAUACGAUAUCCUCGAACAUGUCAACGCUAGUGCCGUGCUUCUCAAAAGCCAACCAACCCUGGAGAACUUGUGCUGGGAAUAUCAGCUAGCACUUUGUCUCAAAAACGAAGAAUUAAUUGAAUCCUGUGCUAACAAAAUCAACAGAGUACCAGAAAUUAUGUUCGAAUCCGAUUUAUUUCAACGUUGUGAUAAAAACACUCUGAAGCGUAUCCUCGAUCUGGAUCUACACUGCAAAGAAACGGACGUUUUUAACGCCUGUUUAUCAUGGGCAAGAUAUGCAUGCAAAGAAAACGAUUUGGAUGAAACGCAGAUGAAGAAUUUGAAAGCUCAACUCGGCGAUUGUUUGCAAUUGAUUCGAUUCGGGGCGAUGACAAUUGAAGAGUUUUCAACCUUUGCAAUGUCGAACGAUGGAUUUUUCACUCCAGAUGAGUACAACGAUAUUAUGUCCAUUUUAACAGUGGAAGGGUAUGAACCGAAAAUAUUCAAUCAAAAUCGUCAACGCUUCACAUGGAAUGAAAAUGCAUUUUUGCGAUGUCAAAGGCCGCAUACGUAUUCGAGUACAAUAAGAGAUUGGCAACGAUUCAUCAAAGAGGAUUUUGUACGCGAGCUCACCUAA